CUACAUUCACAGUGCAAGAACGAAAUCGAGGUCCCAUAGGUCCAAGUGGUUCUACUGGAGUGCUCUCACAAGGUCCCAGGGACUCUGCAAAUGAUGGUGAGGACGAAGAUGAUCUUCCUCUGACAAUGCUUGUGCCAGAACGAAAUCAAGGUCCUAUAGGUCCCAUAGGUUCAACUGGAGUGCUCUCACAAUGUCCCAGGGACUCUGCAAAUGACGAUGAGGACGAAGAUGAUCUUUCUCUGACAAUGCUUGUGCCAGAACGAAAUCAAGGUCCCUUAUGUCCAAUUGGUUCAAGUAGAGUGCUCUCACAAGGUCCCAGGGACUCUGCAAAUGUUGUUGAGGACGAAGAUGAUCUUCCUCUGACAAUGCUUGUGCCAGAACGAAAUCAAGGUCCCAUAGGUCCAAGUGAUUCUACUGGAGUGCUCCCACAAGGUCCCAAGGACUCUGCAAAUGACGGUGAGGACGAAGAUGAUCUUCCUCUGACAAUGCUUGAGCCAAAACAAAAUCGAGGUCCCAUAGGUUCAAGUGGUUCUACUGGAGUGCUACCACAAGGUCCCGGGGACUCUGCAAAUGAUGGUGAGGACGAAGAUGAUCUUCCUCUGACAAUGCUUGUGCAAAAACGAAAUCAAGGUCCCAUAGGUCCAAGUGAUUCUACUGGAGUGCUCCAAAAAGGUCCCAGGGACUCUGCAAAUGACGGUGAGGACGAAGAUGAUCUUCCUAUGACAAUACUUGAGUUAUCACAAGAUCUGAUUGAACUUGAGACAUUUAUGUCUAUACCAGACAUGCCAGGUGAUGAUGACGCCAGCCAGGAUGACGCCAUGUCAGUUGAUACAGAAUCAGACACAGAUCUCCAAGUUAUCAAGUCUUUGGGGGAAGUUGACAAGCAUCCCGGUGACCAGUGUUGCGGCAGUCUGCAUUGCAAAGGACGAGGAUCACUACCUGAGUUGGACAAUCAUCUACAUGUAUAGACUUUCGAUGACUGCUGUAAGCCAGUAUGCGACAUUCCAGGGGGAACGUGAAGUGCUAUUCUUGCGGUCAUUACUUCUCCCACAAGAGAAGUUUGGAGAGACACAUUCAAGAGAGACAUCGAAGAAGGGAGGAACACAAAUGCAGAGGGUGCGACAAGUCUUUUUUUUAGGAAGGACAACCUGACGAGGCACGUACAGAGUCGACACGAGGGGAAGACAACAGAAGACAAGCGGCAAGACGCACCUGUGGUAACCCCUGUAGCAGCAGGUGAGCUGAGUAUUCAUGCUUCGAAGGAAACACUCUCUUCAGAGAACGGGAAUGCAUCGAGGCCGACCGGUAAAGAUCUCAGCAUGCUGUUAAAGGAGAGGGAAAGUGAGACCUCGUCGGUAUCGUCAGAAUCAGAAGCUGAGGUGGAGGACUGCCCAACCCCAACGUUUCGGAAGAUCCAGAUGGGAAGGCCAAUGCAGGGGUUGGAUCUGCGACGCACUCUUCCGGGCACCCCUCUGCAGGUAGAAGAGAGGUCUUCCUCAACACAGUUCUCGGGGGGCAAGAAGCUCUUUCAGGAGGAAAAGGUACGAGAGUACAGCGUGGUUUUCCUGCAUGGGUGUGAGAAGGAAAGUUCGCCGGCGCCUACAAAGUUGCAUCACCUCGCAUCGGAUCAGUCGCUAGGUUCUCCGAUGUCCGUACAGGAGCUGGAAAGGGCCCUGGUCGGCCGGGUUAACAGCAUUACUGAAGUCACCACAAGACGAUCUUUUUGUGAUGGGAUUCUGGUAGUGGAGGAAGAGAUCAGGACCAAUUACAGUAUUAACUUGAAGGCUGGAGCAAUCUUACCAGAAGUUUAACUCAUACAUGUAUAUCAAUUCAGCUAUCAUUAAUAUUGCAAUUACUUGGAAACCUGUUUUCUUGUAUUUUAUGCUGCAAUUAAAGUUCAUGGCGGAACUCAUUUAUAUUCCUCUUAUAGUGAUUAAAUUUUCCUUACAUGUAACUAUUGAUGUUGUUGUUUUUAGUUUUCACGGCGCUAUCAUUGAAAAUAUGAAUAUUUACGCCAGAAUGAAUUCCUAUGAUCUAUUCCACCAAAGAUGAUAAUGCGUGUGUAUAUAUUACUUGUACAUAACUCUUACCUCAUGUUUAACUGCAGGCUUAUUCGAGGAUAGUGGUACUGCGUACAUACUGAUAGUACAGGUUGAAAUAGUUUAAAUUUGGAAAGGACUUGAUCUUUUCCCAUCUUGUUCUUGUACAAUUACAUGUAAUUAUUGCUAUACGUGAAAGUAUUCCAGCGGAUUUUUCGGCCUUUAAUUGCAAAAAUGUAUUUAUAGAUGUUGUUCGCAGGACAGAAUGAUUAAUUGAAAUAAAUGUAUAAAAGUU